GUUGAAUUAGUUGCGGCGCACAGUCCCACAUGGAGAUGCAGAGUCCUGGAGGCAGCGCUGGUCUGUCCCAUCCUCUGUUCGGAGGAGCUCUGUCCGCUGUCCUCCCUCACAGCGCCACAGACACCAGUGAGCUCAGGGAGAUCCCGGACAACCAGGAGGUGUUUGCCCACGCACACACCGACCAGAGCCUGAUCGUGGAGCUGGUGGAGUACCAGGGUGAGGUGGCAGACCAAGACGCUGCCAGGUAUCACUUUGAAGACAUCGCAGGCAGUAAUAAAGCUUUAGAGCCAGGUGCUUUCGAAGUGACCGGUGUUGUGUCCCUGCCCAAAUCUGAGCUGUCCCUGGCAGACUGCAGCUCUGCUUGGAUGCUGACUGGGACGCAGUGUGUGUCCAAGUUCAACGAAGAGGCGAGGAAUACAGUGACCCUUCACCUGGGUCUGUUCCGUCUGCCACAGUUCUCCACGGAUGUCCUGAUAACCUUCAACGACCCGCAGAGCAUCAGCCCUGACAGCAGCAGUGCUGCUUCAGCGGGGACACACAGAGAGCCAUGGACGGUGCAGGACUUCCAGCGCUUGUUGCAGACUCUGACUCUGCACAACCCAGGGCUGUUUGGGUAGAACCAGGGCUGCUUUCUCAGAGUGGGACCUCACCUGAUUACAGGCACAUUAGGACUGUGUUCUGCUAUGGCUACCCCAAAGUUUUGGAAGCCUUUCCUUAAAGCGGUGGUUCUGUCCCUGCCGUGACACCCAGGAAUACAUGUUCUGUUCUGCUAUUGGAGUUGACGCUGUUCUGACAACUACAAAUGAACUGAAAACCCAACAUCUCACGAUAUAAAGAUAGUUUUUGUCUGUCAUAAUAAAUGUUAUGGAUGGAA